GUAACCAGUUUAUUCUGUGCUCCCUCACAAGCUUCUUCCCACACUGUCCAGUGCAAUCUUAGAAAGUUAAAUAACGAGGUCGUACAUUACGUGUGUGAUCGAUUAUCGGAGAAUUUUGACCCAUGCCCCUAGAUUUGCAAGUUUUUCAUCAAUUUUAGAAAAAAAUGAACGGGGAACAGCAGGAUACAAGGAAGAACGUUGAGAAGGCCGGGGCUUCGACUGCGACACAAAUGGAAACAAAAGAACAUCAAGAAACUGCCACAGCUGCACAAAAUGCUCAAGGAGCGUCAUCCAUGGGGACGCAAUCCGCCGCUGCCAUGGCAACUUCGUCUCGAGCGGCGGUCAAUAUUAAUCUGGACAACGAUCAAGCCACCAACGUUGCACGGUUCCAGAAUGCUUUAACCCAGUGUGCCGACCAGUUUAGAGGUCUUGGCGGGUGGUUGGCGAUUCAAAUAGAAAACGCUGCCGAAAUUGUGGGGAUUCCCGUGCUUUUCCAGAAAUUCAGUGAACUUCCAAUCUACUUGAAAGUUUUGGUGAUGAUUUUAAUCCUUGGGCUGGUUUGGUUGCUGAGAACACUUGUCUGGGAUGGAGUUUCGUACAUUUGGCCACACAUAAUGAAUUUCAUCAACUCUUCGUAUGGACAAUCGUUUCUGAGUACGGCGACGAGCUGGUUGGAAGGCCUAAGUAGCAGCGGAAUUUUUGCUAGAUUUACACAAAUGUUUUCCACAGCUGUAAAUGAACAAUCGCAAGAUGCAGAUGCUGAGCCGGCUUGUCUUUCUCUGAAUGAUUGGACAACAUUGGCAUCUACUUCGGCCUUCCCUAUUAUUGAACUUAUAAGUUUGUUCUUCAAUUAUAUGUCGGAAAAUAUGAAUAAUAACAAGUGAUUGACUUUUAAGAGAAACAAUGCAUGGAAUUUUAAUAAUUUAAUCCAUUGAAUUAUGCCCGACUUCCUUACAAGUGUUCUUAUCCUUUUGUCCAAUUAUCCACUAAAUGAGAUUUACAAAUAAAACAAAAUGCAAGUAGUUA